AAGUCUCCGCUGCUUGUAUUGUACUCGAGGUGACCUCCUUUUUGGUUGUCUCGCGGCACUCGUCUUCCUGGAACAUAUACCGAUGUCGAAAGUUCGUUAGGCGUCCGCUAGGGGGACGCUUAGUCGACAGGAGGUCAUGGUGGUCGCUUUGGGCGGAGUGGCACCUGUGGUAAACUGUGAACUUGGAUAAAAAAACGCGAACACCGUAAACUGAACUAAGAUGCCAUGAGCUUUGGCUAACAUGUCUAAUAAAAGGUCAUCGGUCAUACUGCUGGAUAUGUUUGGAAGUCGAGGGCGAAAGAAGCCGUCCAAGGCGGGCGGUGGCCAGCCUUAUCCAACACAACCAAGGCCCACAUCUGAAAAUUACUCUGCCGAGCCUGCGGUAGAGGUGUACGUGAACAGUCUCAAUGAAGAGGAAGUGAACAGAGAGUUUGAACGAAUGCUGGAUGACAUGAACCUGACCGAUGAGAAACGGGAGCCACUAUUGAAUCGGACUCUUAUGGAGAAGCGGGAGAUGUUGUCAAUGCAUCUAAAGGGCACAGCUGCUGGUGGUAAAAGGAGUAGUAAAUAUGAGUCUGCUUUGGAUUACGUUAACUUCCUUAGCAGCGAAGGCACAUCAGCUGACAAGCUCUUCCGGGGUAUUGAGUCCCUGCGCAUAGCCCUCACAAACAACCCCGUCAGUUGGCUGAAGGAUUUCCUACAGGAAGGCAUGGACAAACUGCUGAAGAUUCUUCAGAGGUGUAAACUAUAUCCCAGAGACAAUCGGUAUGAACGAAUCGAGCAUGAAGUCAUUCGUUGUGUUCGUGCACUUAUGAACAACACGCCGGGUCUGAAAUAUGUCUACGAGCACGAAACGGCACUCACCAUUGUGUCGGCCAGCAUGGAUGUCACUAAGCCCAACGUUAUGGUCGAUGUGGUGAAGCUGCUUGCGGCUGUUUCUAUAGUUCCACCGAAUGGGCAUGAGAAAGUCCUGAAAGCGAUCACUGAAUGUGCGGAGAUGGAAGAGCGGGAAAGGUUUGCCCCCAUUGUGGCCGGUCUGGCGUGCAGGGACAACGAUUCUCUUAGAGUAGCAUGUAUCCAGCUUAUUAAUGCCUUGGUCUCUGGGACAGAAGACUUCGAUUUUCGGUUGCACCUUCGAAACGAGUUUAUGCGCACUGGUCUGAUGGACAUCUAUGAGAAUCUUAUGAACGAAAUCAUCGAAAGCCCCGAGCUUUCCCUCCAGCUCAAUAUUUUCAAGGAGACAAAGGAUUUUGAUUUUGAGGAGCUUUCGCAGAGAUGUGAAAGCAUCACUCAAGAAUGGAAUGAUGUCACUGAAUGCUUUCAGCUGCUGAAGAGCUCAGUGGCUGGUACGCCGUGUGAAAUGUCCUUCCUGUCAAUACUGCAACACUUGCUGUGUAUACGUGACGAUGUCAUCGUCAAGCCUGCAUACUUCAAACUUAUUGAUGGCUGUAUAUCUCAAAUUGUACUGCACAAGAAUGGCUAUGACCCAGAUUUCAGGCGGUUUGCACGAUUCCCUGUGGAUAUCGACACACUAAUGGAGCACAUCAUCCAGAGUUCAAGAAGUGAAGAACAGGAAAACGUGGAGCAGUUACAGAAGAAGCUGGAAGAAACACUCACCCAGAAGCAGGAGUAUGAGGCUAGGCUGGCCAAUUACGAAGCUCGUCUUCGAGAUGGACAGGGCUUUCAGAGCCCCAACAGUGCCAAACUAAAUGUGCCCCCUGGGCUGCUGUCUGCCACUGGGGGUGGAGCACCUCCUCCCCCACCUCCUCCUCCUCCACCACCACCUGGAGGUGGCGGCAUUCCUCCUCCACCACCGCUGCCUCCCGGUUCUGGCAUCCCCCCACCUCCCCCCUUGCCAGGAAUGGGUGGUCCCCCGCCACCCCCUCCCUUGCCAGGGAUGGGACCUCCCCCACCCCCGCCCUUGCCCGGGAUGGGGGGACCUCCACCCCCUCCUCCACCACCGGGCCUGGGCGCCAUGUUGGGCCAGAUGCCCAACGGGGCACUUCCCAUGUCGCCGAUCCAGCCCGAAACGCUGCCACACGGCAUGAAGCCCAAGAAAAAGUACACUGUUGGAACCACUCUCAAAAGGGCCAACUGGAAGAAGGUUAUGCCCCAGAAGGUGUCAGAAAAGUCGUUCUGGGUCAAGGUGCGGGAGGAUGAACUUGAAAGCGAGGACAUCUUUGAAGGCUUGGUUUCCAAGUUCUCGUCAGAGCCACCUGCAAAAAAGGACAAGACGGAAGAGAAAGUGAAUGUAAAAAAGACAAAAGAACUCAAGGUUCUUGACGGAAAGGCGGCACAAAAUCUGAUGAUACUGCAAGGCUCACUAAAGAUGUCAGCAGCCACGAUACGUGACUACAUCCUGGAAGUGAACGAGGAACACCUGACGGAAGCCAUGUUGCAGCAGCUCAUCAAAUACAUGCCAGAGGCGGACCAGCUCAAGAAGCUCUGUGAACUCAAGGACAACCUCAACGAUUUGGCCGAAGCGGAGCAGUUCGCUAUCACGAUUGGGAGUAUCAAGAGGAUUCACUCGAGGCUCCAGUCUAUCAGCUUCAAGCUCCGAUUCGCGGAAAUGGUGCAGGACAUCAAGCCCGGUAUCGUGGCAGCCACUGAAGCCUGUGAGGAAAUCAAGUCAAGCCAGAAAUUCGCAAAAGUUUUGCAACUUGUCCUACUGCUUGGCAAUUAUAUGAACACCGGUUCCAGAAAUGCACAAGCCAUCGGCUUCGACAUCAGCUUCUUGCCCAAGCUUUCAGGAACAAAAUCGCACGACCAGAAGUCAACCCUGCUCCACUUCCUGGCGGAGACGAUAGAGAAGAAGUUUCCAGACAUCUUGUCCUUUGGUGAUGAGCUCAGCUAUACAGAGAAAGCAGCACGGGUUUCUCCAGAUCAACUGGAGAAAAACCUUGGGCAGAUGAAGAAGUGUGUUGCCCAAUUGGGCACUGACCUCAAGACAUUCAAGUCCCAGGGUCCAAAUGACCGGUUUGCUGAAGUCCUGAGUGGCUUUUAUGACCAGGCCUCACAAGAGCAUGAGCUGCUUUCGGGCAUGUUUGCGAAGAUGAAGAAGCUGUACGAGGACUUAGCAGAGUUCUAUGUCUUUGAGUCCAAAAAAUACACGCUGGACGAAUUCUUCACUGACGUCAAGUCCUUCAAAGAGCAAUUUUCGGCGGCGCAUGCGGAGAACGUCCGGGUGCGAGAGCUGGAAGAGAAGCGGCAGCGCGACAAGGAGGCACGUGAGAAGGCCGAGAAGGAAAAGCAGGAGCGGAUGGCCAAGAAGAAGCAGUUGGUCGACAUCAGCUCUGGUCAAGAUCAAGAAGGUGUGAUGGACAGCCUCCUAGAAGCACUGAAAACGGGCUCUGCCUUUUCACAUAAGCAGAGACGACGACCACCCAGGGGUGCGAAUGCAUCAAACAAAGGCCAGCUGGCAAGGAGUCGUUCCCGAGGUGGAGCGGCCAUGUUCGGAGACACCAACUAUCUCGAAUGCCGGACAAUAUCACAGCAGAGCUGACAACAACUGCUCUGCUCCUGACUUCUGGUGGCCAUCUUUAAGAGUUGUUUUUACCCGUGUUUUCUGUUUCAUAUGACUUUACACGACGUGAAUGUGCUGACGGCAGAGGUUCCCAAGGAAGCUGCUACUUGUGCCUGGAGUGACGCACAAUGCAGUUGGCUCUGCAGGGAUAACAUUCUUUUCUUGCGUCUCUUGUUGCAUUGCUAGUGAUGUACUUCUUCUUUUUCUUCUCCAGUUGUGUAAGAGACAUCUCUUUUGUUGCUUCAUGCUGAUAGAUUUAUGUGUGAAAUUCGAGAACAAGAAAAAAAAAAAGCAGAAACCUUGAAAGUACUCACUCUUUUUGUUUCUUUUCUGAUUUACAAGCGUAUGUGUCAUGUUGAAAUAUGCUUUGUAAUAGAGUGCAGUAUCAUGAGUCUAAUCAUUUACAUUAUUUUUCAUGCAGUAUAGGUUCAGAACAAUAUAAUUAAGUUUUAUCACAAGAGUUUAUGAGUUCACAUUCAUAGCUGGCAUUACUGAUUUUAUAUAGAGAGCUUAGAAAAGAAGACCUGCUCACUAAUCCUAUGCAGUAAGUUAUUCUACUAUAGAUGGUGAGGUCUGCUCUUGCGGUGAACAUUCUAAGAUAGCCAACAUAGAUUUAGCAGUACUGGUUCGUGCAUGUUGUAGGGAAAACAAAAUGAGGACGAUGUCAAGCAUAUUGAGCUCAUGGAGAAAAAUCACAGUAGGAGUUUGUUAAUCCAUCACUGAAUGUGCGCUAAAAUUUGCCUAACAGAAAUAUAAACAUACAGAUAUUGCAGGAGAAAGACAUGCCAACAUUGACUUAGUGUCUUUUCAUAGCAUGAAGGCAGUUGCAGUGUUUACUUAGGGGCAUUUGCUAUGGCCGGGGGAAAAAAAAGACAAAAAAAGGAGGGGCACAGUGCCUGAACUCGUUUGAGAUGUUUCCAUUUCUCUGUCGUAAGAGCUUUCUACGUAGUUUUACCAACCAGGCAUUAGAUUUCCAGGGUAGCCACAUCUAUUACUAGUGGCUAGUGCUUUGUUGUGCUGCUUGCAAUUGAAAUCCAGAUAACAGUAAGAGAAAAAAAAAGUAAAAUAAAGCAGUGCUUCUUACCACUUGAAUUGUUGCUUGGCGAAAUUCUUGUCAAUUUUAUGGUACCUCAGUAAAGUUAAGCAAAUCUUUUCUUCAGCAGUUUGCAAUAUUGCACAAGUAAGGUCAAGUCAUCAUUAUGAAUGCUAAGCGUUAAAGAGCCCCUCACCAGGCCACAUGGCAAAUUUUGGUUAUACGCUAAAAGUUGUUACGUGCCCUCUAGGGAGUGUUCUACCACAAGAAUUUUUCAAAUUGGUUCAUUAAUAGCUAAGACAGAAAUGUUUCAGUGCAGCGAACCUAUGAUAUGAGGAGACAAACGCCACCACCAACAUAGACCCUUUCUCCACUCGUGUGACACAUACGUCACGGGUCCCGCCUUGUUUUUUCUCUCUCUCUCAUUUUACCCUCCCCCUCACUUGCUGUGCGGCGCACUUUCGCUGAUGGUCUCGCGCGCGAGCUGUUGCAUUUGGAACAUACGAAACGGAAGUACAUCUCUCUUGCUACGGCACGAAGUAAUACAAAGACAUGCAGACAUUCGGUUUGUAGGUUUUAUUAUUUCUCUAAACUUUAAUUCGUCUAUUGAAGCAACAGAUCGAACAAAUAAAUACCUGCUUUUGCCUUGAAUAAUUCUCGAAGUCAGGUGCCACUGUGAGUGACGUCACAGCACGGCGAACUAUGUAGGCGCACUUGCGCAAUUGACGUCGAAUCUCUGGCUGGGAUCGCGGCGCCCGUGAGGAGAAGGGUGCAGAGCGUUUCGUUUAAAAUUUCAGCUCUUUUCACGGCAUGUAGCGAUGUAAUACUUUGCAGGCACGAUGGUUAGCGUGCAUUUUAUGCGCUUGUCAGUUCGAAAUGGCCAGACCUGGUGAGGGACCCUUUAAUGUCCUGCAGGUAUAUUCCCAUUAUUGCAAUUUCAGUGCAUUUUCAGGCUAUAUUAUUUGUUAACUGAAACAAGUAACCCCAGCUGCGCGAUCUGAAGUGCGAGCCCCAGGCACUGGCUACAUUGCAAGCAGACAGCAACAAAUUUUUUCUUGUCUUGAGGCUAUUCAUAUUUGUUCACUUCAUUAUGUUCUGGCUUUUGGAAUUAGGCUCCGAGCCCUAAAAAAGAUUUAACAACCUAAAAAUAAUGCUAGGAGAGUGGCCUUGGGAAGUUAUUGUGUUCCAUGCAGGCUAUAUCCUGCCAGGUGUUGGUGCCAUCUGCUUUUAUAAAGCAACUGCCUUUCACUUUUGUAAACAAGGAUGCACUGGUGUGUUCAUAUUGGCAUGAGCCGUUCUUAUUCUCCGUCAUGGCUAUGUGUGUGACAUUGCUGUAGUGUCAUACAAUGCUAGCUUUGGUUCACUUUAGCGUUCAGAAGCAUCCAAAAGUUGGGCAAGUUAGUCUGUAUUCAUGGUUGGAAUGUUGAAAGCAGCUCUAAAGAGCACAGGCAGAGGGGCAGAGAAACGGACAGCACUUGUGUUGAAAGCAGUGCUUGUCUUAACUGUUUCUAUGCCCCUCUGUCUGAAUUUUUAAGAGUUGCUUUCAACCUUCCUACCAUGCUCACUUUAGAAUCGAGUUGUAUACAGAAGUGGCCUUUCUGUGAAAGGUCAUUUUUACACACAGAUUGGUCCUACUAAUGAGUGAGAAAUUUGCAGUUGUGGUUCGCGUUUGUGCUGUGGAAUUCACCGAGAUUUUAGGCAAAAAAAUGAAGUUGGUGCAUGGUAGAUUUCUUUUACACUGCUAUGGCUUGCUAGUUGGCUAUACUAUGGCUACAUAGCAGUUGAAAAUACUUUUGUAAGAUGUACUGCUUCCGGUUUUUCUUGAUACGGUCUGAGAUGUGGAUUGCGGAAUAUGCAGCUGUUUAGAACAUUGUCUUGCUGCUCAUAAACUUCAUCUAUGUCAUGCGGGUGUAAAUGAUUGCUGUAACGAGAAUGUAAGAUUGCCUAUGCAAGUUACAGGCUUGUACAUAGAAUAUUAUGUAAAUUUUUGCUAUGUGCAUGGUUGUGGUGCGAGUGCCUUACUCUGACGUAGCAGUGACUACUCGCAACGAAGCUUCUCUUCUUGUAAAAUAGAGAAAGUUGUGCAUAAUAAUGUUUAUAAGAUUUAGUGCAGUUUAUACACUGCCGUGGGACCAUGCUUACAGGCAGGUCAUUGACAAGACCUUGCCAGAUGCUGUGAUCCUGAACGCGUGUGCUGUGGUGUACAGAUGAAACAGUUCGCAUAAACAUGUAAAGACAUGCGAAGACUGCAGUUUGCCCAACCUUCAGAUUAUUGUUUUUACUGGGGAUGUUGUUACUUGGAAACUGAAAUGUGCACCAUGCUCAAAGAAAGUUUAGUUGUGAUAUACAAGACAUAUUUUUUAUAGGUGAGCACAAAUGUUAUGACCUGCAGAAAGAUGUGUCCUGCAUCAUAUUCAUGUAUAUGGCAGAUUGUCUACACCCAAUUCAUGUUGCACCAAGUUGUUGAGCUAUGACCCAUUGCAUAGCAGCAUCCAGCAUGUCAAAGUUCUCUUCGUUGCUUUUCAUUUGUUAUCGUGCUAAUGCACGGAGUACGAGGCUCAAGCCCUCAGACUCCUUCGCCAGUUUAGUUAGUUGCGCAUCACCUUACUUCAGCAAUGGUGGGUAACGAGUUCGAUUUUGUUCAUUGCUCUUGUCUCAUGUGAGCGCUCCGUUUUCAUUUGCUGUGCCGACAUCUUAUUGGAUGUCGCAAAGUGCAUUCACUCACUGCAUUUCGUGUACAACUGUUGUCCACGUGCUAAGGCCGCAGUGGGCCUUUCUGUUUCAUUUCUAUUAGAGCUUUAUAAGCGCAAACGAAAGCCUUGUUUUACUGAAGGGUGGCAUCAGAUGCUGCAUUUUCUGCAGCAUAUGUACUUCGUAGUGGGACAUUGCUCAAUGCUGGCAUAUGCUGUGUCCGUUAUGGUAGAGAGCUUAGAUUCAUUUAAGUGCCAGGACCAUGCCGGUACAAAUAAAAUGAAUCUGUUGUUUUUAUCAAUUG